AACAUAAUUAUUUGAUAAUAAUGACAGUUAUGGAUACAAUGGGCCGAUUCCUGGAGACGGGAACGGCUGAUGGGAAGCACUCAAGUUUUGGCGAAUACGAUGAAUGUCUUGAUUUGGAGAGUCCCGAAGACAAGGGUUUGGUAGUGAAGGGUCAGUACUGUUUGGUGAAAGUGAUACUUCCCUACCCAUCGGUCAACUCAUACAAAAGGGGUGAUCCAUACGAUCCCACUUUUGACGAGGAGGGCAUCACUCCAUUCAAGUACUUAAAUGGAGGCAACUUUACUACCAUCACCAAAAUGAUCGAAAAUCUCAAUACUUACAAGGGAUCGAGUUAUCGACUUGGCUUCUGUACACCUCAUCUUUGCAAAAAACAUGAGAUCGAGGAGUUCAUCAAUAAAGUACUUUAUCCCAUCACACGAUUGCCACUAGAAGUGGGCAGAUAUUGUAUCCGUAAAGAUAAAUCCGAAGACUUGACCAUGCUACAGAUACUAUCAGUCACAAUCUUGGUUACGUUGACGAUAAUAGUGAUCACUUCAACGGGAAUAGAGAUUUAUAAUAUAAUAUACGAGAAAAGUAUUACUGAAGACAACAGAAAUUUGGGCGAAACCAAGUUUGCCGAAGAAGAGCCAUUCAAAGUGAAUCCAUAUUACUAUACGUUUUCGUUAGUGACAAACAGUCGCAAAUUGUUUGAACAAAGCAAUCGUUUCACAUCAUUGGAUACGAUUAAAAUGUUUGUAAUAUUGCAUAUCUAUGUCUUUCAUUUAUACAACACUUUGGCCACCAUUGGUAUCGUAACUCUUAAGCGCCCGUUCGCUACUUAUCCCUCACAAGUGUUAGAGUUGGACAGAUAUACGACAUUAAGAAAUACACUCACUUUUGAUGUACUAUUUAUUAUGAGUCGUUACAUGCGGUUUGCUGUGCCAAUGUUGGGCUCAAUGAUAUUUAUCAAUGUACUGCCUUUGAUGGGAAGCGGACCCAUUUGGGAUGAGGGCACACAGUGGGUGACCACCGGCUGUCAAAAUCCUUUGGUUGUAUUAUUUGGUAUGCUUUUUAUAAGCAAUUAUAACGAUCAGUUUGCACUCAUGGAGAGACAAUCCGCCGUUCCCUUUUGCAAUCCUGUCACUUGGUUUGUGUCGGCUAUCUUUCAGCUCCACAUAAUUAUACCAAUACUUAUCAUCAUUUGCUACAAAAAUGCCAAAUACGGGGUCUACACGACCGUCGGUGUCAUUGUAUUGGCAAUGAUAGCCAGUAUUAUUCCGACCGUAAUAUUCAAUAUAUUACCGCAAAUGCAAUACAUUCUCAUUGAUUCCUAUGAAGAGCUGUACCGCUCGUUCACGUGGUAUCACUUGUCGACCACGCAAUACAUCGUAAGCUUUGUGGUUGGGGUUGCGGGCGGUUACCUGAUCCGCAGGGAUUGGACACUAUCUAUUGAGUAUGAAGUGAUGGGAUGGUGUGCCAGUGUGUUCACUAUCAUUAUUGUGUUCAUGUGGAGCAACACCUUCUGGAAAGUACAAAAGUCGGCGCCGCUCUAUAGUGUACUCUUAUGGUUCACUUUUGGCAAAUUUGGUUUCGCUGUUGCCAUCACUUGGAUAUUCUUCUGUCUCUGCACUGGAAGGGCUCAAACAAUGGAUUACUUACUUUCGUGGCCUAACUUUAAUCCAUUCUCUCGCCUCUCGUUUUCAUUCUUUAUGAUUCAGUUUAUUGUUGUUAUCAGACGUGUGUUUGGAGUCAAAGAAACCAUUACAAUGUCUGACGGACUUCUGAUAGAAAACUCAAUCAUUGAUUUUAUGGUUACGUUUUGUUUGGCGUAUAUAUUCUACUCAUUAAUUGAGGCGCCGUUUACUAACUUAAUGGCCAUUUGGCUUAAAAAGGGCCAAAAGGAUGACCUAUUGAGUCCACCCAACGGUACUGUACAUAAUGUGGACAAACCCGUAUCGGGCGCUAAAAAUAUGAUGAUGAAAGAUAUGGGACACGUUAAUCAUAUUGAAUUAGAAGAUGACUUUAACCAAAACCAUAAUUUUGUUGAAACAAUCAAAAUCUAGAUAAUAAAACAUUAAGUAUUUAUAAUUAUUUAGAC